ACCUCCUUCAAUAUUGGAUGAAGAAGAUGAGGAAGUGCAGAAACUGAACGCGGGCCCCUCGAGAAUGUUCCGGUGCAAGUUCCAUCCCACGCAACAUCUAAAAUCAUUCCCCCCAGUCCUCUCAGAGACUCUGACAGUGGAUCUGGCGACGACGACGACGAAGCUUGGAACUGGUGAUUUUCGUGAUCAAAAACGCACUUAUGUAAAGUACAUGAACUUCAUUCACCGUUUUGUGAUGCAGCUAUGAAUAUCCAUAAUGCCCAUAUGUGGUCGUUUUUGCCACCAUAUUCCGCCACUGUCCCAUUUAUGUACCUUAUGUUGUUUCUAACCACAUUGUCAAACUCAUUCCUUUGGGAUCGCAACACUUCCAAGAUCUUGCUUUCCUCAGUACCGUCUAUGCCUUGCCCAUCUACGCCAUACUCCAGCUCGUUCAUAUACCCCACCUUGCCGUUUCUGGCAAACUCAUUAAUAUACUCUCAAUUCUUGCACCGAGUGUUUGGAGCCCGAAUUUAGUGCCUCGGUCGUAAGUUAGGUUAAAUUCGACGCAGCGACCAGACCUGAACAGUUGCCGUUGUCGAAAGCACGAGACAGGGUGUAAGGGAUGGGAAGUGGCUCGUUGGGUGGUAAUGGUCAGGAGGUGGGGUUAUGAAUGGCGACGACGGGGCGACGAGUGAAGUUUGAGGAUGGGAAUGUUACCACUAUCGCCAUCGAAUUGCUUAUGAUGCGCGGUGGAGGGACCACCAAAGAAUACCCCGCCUACGCCUCUGCUUUAUUUUCUGUGAGGAAUGUAGAAAUACUCGUCGCACCAUUUCUUGAAGGUGGGGUAAAU